GUUGGGGGCGUGGUUACACUUCCUGUUCCGCUUCACACACAGCAGCCGGAAAACAAGGAAGAGCUUCCGUUUAAUUCGUGUUGGAGCUGAGCAGGUGUUGGAGCUGAGCAGGUGUUGGAGCUGAGUAGGUGUUGGAGCUGUGCAGGUGUUGGAGCUGAGCAGGUGUUGGAGCUGAGCAGGUGUUGGAGCUGUGCAGGUGUUGGAGCUGAGUAGGUGUUGGAGCUGUGCAGGUGUUGGAGCUGUGCAGGUGUUGGAGCUGAGCAGGUGUUGGAGCUGAGCAGGUGUUGGAGCUGUGCAGGUGUUGGAGCUGUGCAGGUGUUGGAGCUGAGCAGGUGUUGGAGCUGUGCAGGUGUUGGAGCUGAGCAGGUGUUGGAGCUGAGCAGGUGUUGGAGCUGUGCAGGUGUUGGAGCUGAGCAGGUGUUGCUGUUGAAGGCUGUGGGAGAUGUUGAGCAGUAAGAGUGACCAGGAGAUCAGCUGGAUGUUGGAUGAUUAUGGGAUUAAGCAUGGCCCGGUGGUGGGUUCCACCAGAUCUCUUUACGAGAAGAAGCUGAGAGACAUUAUGGCUAAAGAGAGGAAGAUGAGAGGAACGUCAGAGCCGGUGGUCUACAGAGAACAGCGAGAUGAGGACGUUUCCUUCUACCAUCACAGACCUUGGGGACACGACGUUUUCAGCAGCCGUGUAAUCGCUGUACACUCACUGUUUAGGAGAAAUCCUGUGUUCAGUGCUGAGUACAGAGACAUUGUCAGUAGGCCCAUGGUCUCUCCGUACUACACUGAGUCACAGGGAAAAUACACAGCAGUGACACAGGAGAGGACACAGGGGGGGACACAGGGGAGGACACAGGGGAGGACACAGGAGAGAACACCUGAUCCUGGUUCUGGACGCUCCGUCCCUCUGUGGCUGCAGAUUGUGUUCUUCCUCAUCGUAGCUGGUGUCCUGGUCUUCAUCUUCAUCAACAUAGAGCCAGCUCAGAGCGAGCCUUUCAAACAACUCACAUAACACACGUUUUACACACACCUCACACACUGUACACACCUCACACACUGUACACGCCUCACACACCUCACACACUGUACACGCCUCACACACCUCACACACUGUACACGCCUCAC